AUUAAUCGGAAAAUUUUAAGGGAUCACAGCAAUCCAUUGGAACUGCCAGAAUCUGUAUUCAUUGGACAAUACCGUCUGAAUAAAGAAGCGUUCGUAAUGGUGUUGGACAUUGUAAAAGAACAUUUGUUACCAUCAACCAUUCCCUGCGUGAUUCAACUGGCUGCAACAUUGCGAUUUUUAGCAGAAGGGUCUUACCAAAGGUCAGUUGGAAACGAUUCCACCAUAAGUCUAGGCAGAAGUACUGUAUCAGUUGUAUUAAGUCGUGUACUGAAAGUUCUGCUAAAAUAUGUAAGUCCUCAGUGGAUAAAACUAAGGAUGGAUGAAAGUGAAAAACGUAGAUCAAGAAAUUAUUUCUUUAACAAAAACAAAAUACCUUCCAUUGUUGGUUGCAUCGAUGGAACUCACAUUAAAAUUAUAAAACCCACGAUUGAUGAGCAGUUAUAUUUUAAUAGGAAGGGAUAUUUCAGUAUGAAUGCCAUGAUCAUAUGUGACGGUGACAUGAUGAUACGAGCAGUUAGCGCACGGUAUCCCGGCGCAAGUCAUGACUCAUUUGUGUGGAAUAUGAGCAACGCACGUCAGCAUUUCCUAAGAGAGUACGAAAGUGGAGAUCGAACGACUAGAUUAUUAGGAGAUUGCGGGUAUGGAAUUGAACCAUUUUUGUUAACACCUUAUAGAGAUCCUGCAUACAACACAAAAGAACAUAAAUUUAAUAUAGCACACACCUCAGCUCGCAAUAUUGUGGAGCGAACUAUAGGCGUAUUAAAAAGCCGAUUUCGCUGUUUGCUUGGUACAUUACAUUACAGCCCAGAAAAAGUAGUACAAAUAGUGAACGUAUGCUGCGCGUUGCACAAUAUAUGCAGGAGCUACAAAAUUUCAUAUGAAGCUGAAGAAAUAGCUGUUGCACCAGACGAUCUUGAACAAGAUAAUUCUUUAUUGUUCUCUACGUCGAAUCUGCAAAAUGAAGGCAAGAAAAUAAGAGACGAAAUAGCAAAUACAUUAUAA